AUGUUCCCGCCGGUGUGCAUUCAAGCCUUCUCUAAUACGCAGAAAGUAGAUGGAGUGUCUUUGGCACCCUACUACCACACGGCCUACGAGACACUGGAGCUUUACCAGAGGUUCGUGGACCCGGACUACGCCAUUAUGGAGCGGUGCUCACAGCUUGUCGGUGCCUUAACCCUGUCCCUGGCUGAGGCCGAGCUGCUGCCGUACAACAUGGUGGACCUCGGACAGGCUCUCCAGGAAGGCUUCGGUGAUCUCCAGACCCACCUUGAGGACUUCGCGGCGCACAAUGUUUCCGCCGAUUGGCUCAAGAAAGAAAUCGAACUGUUUGUGCAAGAAGCCGAUUCCUGGCACAAAUGGAUUUCGGACCGCAAGUCAUUCGACCUCGGGACGCUACGUUUUGUCAACGAGCGCAUGAUGUUAGUAGAAAGGGCAUUCAUCAAGGCAGAUGGCCUGAUGGGGGAUAUAACCAUAAGGCACGUGGCUUUGGGUGCAUCAAUGGAGGGCUCUUACAAAAGCGUGAUAUUCGCAAUGCUGCGGCUUCAGCUUUACUACGUGUCCCGGAUGAAGCCCGGUUCAAAAGAAGCGGCCCAGGCCUGGUUUGAUAUUGCGAGACACGUCAACGACAUCGCCCUUGCCGUUCGGUCUGCUCGAAUGAUGAUGGACCCGAACAGGGCUGUCUAA